AUGGAUGUUGCUCAGAUCGAAAAGUUGGCCCACGCUUCUCCGGCUUGGGACGACCAACAAGAACAAACUCUUCGAGGCCCAUUCGAUUACCUAGCAUCAAGUCCUGGAAAGAAUUUCAGAUCGGAGCUCAUCCACAUCUUCAAUGCUUUUUAUGGGCUACCAUCAGCUCAAAUCACGGUGAUUUCGAAACUGGUGGAAAUUCUGCAUACCUCCAGUUUGUUAGUGGACGACAUUGAAGAUAGUUCGGAAUGGAGACGAGGACUAAAAGCGUCACAUCUUGUAUUCGGAAUCCCCAUGACUAUUAACACCGCAAACUACAUGUAUUUCUACGCAAUGGAAUGUCUGCAAGAACUAGCUCGAGACUCAGAAGCUGGAUUGCUUAAUCAGCUUCUUUUAAUCUUUAAUCAAGAAAUGCUAAACCUGCAUCGUGGCCAGGGUCUAGAUAUUUACUGGAGGGAUGAACUCGUAGUCCCAGAUGAAAACCAGUAUCUCAAUAUGGUCAUGAACAAGACAGGUGGACUCUUCAGGCUCACCGUCCGGCUCAUGGAGGUUUUUUCCGCAGACUUUCAAGGCAAUGACUCGCUGGUCCCUCUUUGUAACCUUCUUGGCAUCUUGUAUCAGAUAAGAGACGACUAUUUGAAUCUGCAAGAUGCAACGAUGAUCAAAAACAAGGGAUUUGCGGAAGAUGUAUCAGAGGGCAAGCUUUCUUUCCCAAUUAUUCACGGCAUAAUGCAUGGGCAAUCGCAGGGCGAUACAGUUGUACUAGAUGUACUGAAGACUCGCACACAAGACGUCGAGCUUAAGCGGAAGGUGGUUGACUACUUGCAAACCCGCAGUGGGUCCAUGGAUUACACUCGUGAGAAGAUUAUGAAACUUGGCACGCUCCUAGAAAGACAGUUUUUACCCUCGAUUCGAGAACGUGGGUAUGAUACAACCGCGCUUUCGGCUGCUAUAUCCCAUUUAAGCUAUGUGUGA